AUGGCCCUGCGCACUGGGACGGCUUGGUUUGGGCAGGUCCUGCGCAGAGUUUCCCGGCUCCAGGGCACCUGGUCCCGGCGCUCCAGCAGCCUCCUGUGCCUCUCCUCCUCCCAGGAGCCCGAGCAGGCGGGCGGAGAGCGGCCGCCGCCGCAGCACAAGCUGCCCCGGAGCAGCGGCAGCGGCAACGGCGGCGGCGGGCGCCGCCAGCCCCCCCGGCAGCUGCCCCCCUGCUGCGGCUGCUGCGGCCUGUCGGAUCCCCGGGCGGCCAGGGGGGGACAUGGUCCCCUCACUCGCCCCUUGCUGGCGGCCAUGAAGAGGCAGAACGUGCGGACCCUGUCCCUCAUCAUCUGCACGUUCACCUACCUGCUGGUCGGGGCUGCCGUCUUUGAUGCCCUGGAGUCCGACAACGAGAUGCGGGAGGAGGAGAAACUCAAAGCCGAGGAGAUCCGGCUCAAAGGAAAGUACAACAUCACCAGCGAGGACUACCGGCAGCUGGAGUUGGUGAUCAUGCAGUCCGAGCCGCACCGGGCCGGCGUCCAGUGGAAAUUUGCCGGCUCCUUCUACUUUGCCAUCACGGUCAUCACGACCAUCGGUUAUGGACACGCUGCCCCAGGGACGGAUGCAGGAAAGGCCUUUUGCAUGUUCUAUGCGGUCCUGGGGAUCCCACUGACACUCGUCAUGUUCCAGAGCUUGGGCGAGCGCAUGAACACCUUCGUCAAGUACCUCUUGAAACGCAUCAAAAAGUGCUGUGGGAUGAGGAGCACCGAGGUCUCCAUGGAAAACAUGGUCACUGUGGGUUUCUUCUCCUGCAUGGGAACACUCUGCAUUGGAGCAGCAGCUUUUUCCCAGUACGAGGAAUGGAGCUUUUUCCAUGCUUACUAUUACUGCUUUAUAACAUUGACUACGAUAGGGUUUGGAGACUAUGUGGCCCUGCAGACCAAAGGGGCCCUUCAAAAGAAGCCUCUCUACGUGGCUUUUAGCUUUAUGUACAUUCUAGUGGGGUUGACAGUCAUUGGGGCAUUUCUAAAUCUGGUUGUUCUCAGGUUCUUAACCAUGAACAGCGAGGACGAGAGGCGGGAUGCCGAGGAACGGGCGUCCCUGGCAGGGAACCGCAACAGCAUGAUUAUCCACAUCCAAGAGGACUCCCAGCAUGGUCGGCCACGGUACAAGGCCGAAGUAACAGACCUUCAGUCAGUUUGUUCCUGCAUGUGUUACAGGUCCCACGAGUACACCAGCCGGGUGGUGUCCCACCAAAAUUCGUUCAGCUCAAAGCUGAACCCCCAGUACUUUCACUCCAUCUCUUACAAGAUAGAGGAGAUCUCGCCAAGCACAUUAAAAAACAGCCUUUUCCCAUCUCCUGUCAGCUCCAUCUCACCUGGGUUGCACAGCUUUACAGAUAACCACAGGCUGAUGAAAAGGCGAAAGUCCAUUUAAAGGGAUUUGUCUUCUUUUGCUUUCCUUGUUUUCCCCAGUUCUUCUCCGUUGUUUUGGGGUUUUUUUGGUUCCUUGAGUGAGACGGAGCGAGGCCAAAGGGAGCAGAGAAAGCCAGUCCUCCUCUGAGACUCAGCUCUUGAGCAUGAAGCAUGGAUUAUUACUGUUCCAGCAAAGUAUGCCUUACAUUACCCCCUCGGUGGAUGUCAGAGGAUUCAAGGUGACGUGAAGUGGGUACCAAAUCCAAAGUUGCACACACAGCUGGGAGCCUUCAUGUGCCACUGGCACUCCUGACCUAAUAAACUAUUUUCCUCACGAGCAGGUUGCAGCGUGCGUGCGUGCUUGUGUGCGUGGUGGGGUGUGUG